AUGAACAACUUACAUUCAAUCAUUGAGAAUACACAUCAUGUGCCUCUACCUUAUACAAUUCAUGAUUAUUCUUCCUUUUCAGGCCCUUAUCAUCCUAAAAAUGUAUGCGUUAAUAACCCAACAGAACAGUCGUCUCGAUGGUCUUCUAAUUCACAUGAUCAGUCACAGUACAUAACACUAAAACUAGAUAAACCAGCUGUAGCUUGUGAAAUAUUAUUUGGAAAAUUUCAUAGAAGUCAUGUAUGUAAUUUAAAGGAAUUUAAAGUCUAUGGCGGUUUAGACCCAAACGAUUUAAAAGAAAUUCUUCACAAAGGUUUAACAGACGACAAUAAGGCCGAAACAUUCCCUAUCAGAUAUACUUUUCGAGAUUUAAUAUUUCCGAUUCAGUAUAUUAAAAUUACACCAUUAGCUACUUUUGGCGCGAAUUUUAAUUAUAGUAUUUGGUAUAUUGAAAUCAGAGGCAUAAAAGAGGAAUCAAUAAUGAAGGAAGUCUAUGAAGCUUAUAAUAAAUAUAAGGAAAUGGAAACUAUUCGUUUAUGUUUAAAGCACUUUAGACAAAGAAAUAUGAUGAGUGUGUAUGAUGCGCUUAAGCAGGAAAGACCAGAUAUCAAGUUAGAGGAUCCACUAUUAUCCACAUUACAUCAAAAACUUGUAAUUGAAGGAGAAUUUGAGAUAGUGGAACAAAUAAUUAAAGAUGCAAAUCAACAAGGCGUUUUUCAGUCAUAUGUUGAUGAAGCAAAAUACAUACCAAAUUGGCGAAGGAUAUAUGCAUCAAACAAUGAUGGAAAUGCACCUUGUGCAAGAGGUGGCCAUCAAAUAUGUUUGGACGUUGAAAGACAAAAAAUAUAUUUGUUUGGUGGUUGGGAUGGUAAACAAGAAUUAGCUGAUUUUUGGUGCUACUCAUUGAAAGAGAAUCGAUGGCGAUUAAUCAGUUCAGAUACUUCUGUUCAAGGCGGCCCAUCAGCAAGGUCUUGUCAUACAAUGUGCUUUGAUCCUAUAAGAAAAUCAAUUUAUAUCCUUGGUAGAUAUGCUGAUAUUCGUAACAAUUCGUAUGAUGUGUCAUCAGCAGAUAAUAGUUUAUAUGAAUCUGAAUUUUAUCAGUAUUUCAUAGACCUUGAUAAAUGGGUUAAACUAAGUAAAAACACACAACUUGAUGGGGGUCCCUCCCUUUUAUGUGAUCAUCAAAUGUGUGUUGAUCCUAUUAGUAGAAAGCUCUAUGUCUUUGGAGGACGCGUGAUUUCAUCUGAUACCCCACCUUAUACUUAUAGCGGAUUUUAUGUUUAUGAUAUCGAUGAAUGUACUUGGCAUGUUAUUAGUAAUGGAACUUAUGUCAUUCCUUCACCUCAUGCUUCACAGACCAUAAAAUCAAGAGCUGGUCAUUCAAUGUUACUUGAUGCUAAAUCAGGUUGUAUUUACAUAUUUGGUGGUCAACGUGGCAAAGAAACCUUAACUGACCUUUACUGUUAUUCAAUUGAAGAUGAUAAACUAACUGAACUUACACAUGACUUUUCUAAACAAUUUGGUCCAGAUGCAGGUUACACACAGCGUGCAGUCAUUAAUGCAGAUCGACAAGAAAUUUAUAUUUUCUCAGGGUUUCUAAAAAACACACAGCAAUAUAAAAAGCAAGUGAAUACCACAAACUAUUUUUGGGUCUAUCAUAUUCAGCACAAUAAAUGGGAAAAGGUGUAUGAAAGCAACAAUAAUAGUCAAGGGGAAGAGGACCCAUUGGCGCGUUACACGCAUCAAAUGAUAUAUAAUCCUAAAUCAAAUUCAUUAUUCAUCUUUGGUGGAAAUCCCGGUGAUACGUUGAAACCUUAUCGACGGCUAGAUGAUUUUUGGGAGCUAAAAUUAACCAAGCCUGACUCAGCUCAAGUUGUAAGAAAAUGCUUAUUCCUCCUUCGUAUAGAACGCCUAAAAGAACUCUUGAAUAAAUCUACAUCAAAAAUGGAAGCAUUGAAGUAUUUAAGGCAUUAUCUCACGCCUACUAUCAACUAUGAAAACAAAGAAGAGGUACAAGAGUUUAAAAAGCUAUGUACCGAGUUAUGCUGCAUAGAAGUGAAUGAUACCACAAAAGGUAUAGAAUAUGAUGGGUUAUUAAAUAUGAAUUUUAAAGUUAAUAAUAUCCGUUCUAUAGAUAUUUCUUAUUUCAAAGAUCGUACAGCCGUCUUUCAAACUCUAUUAGCAUUCUUUCCUAAUCAUAUGAAAGAGCCUGAAGGAACUUUAAUUGAUGCUGUUAAAAUUGGUUAA